GCGCAGGCAGGCUCCUCCUCCCUCGUCUGACUCUGCCGGCAGGCGCAACAGCAGGAGCGAGAGAGCGGGGGGGGCGAGGAUCGAGGCCCGCAACGUGGCCGCGGGGCGCGCCUUUGCUUGGCUUCCCAGCGAAGUCUGGUAGUAUAGCGCUGGCGCGGUAUAAAACGAGGGCGAGAUCCAGAUCUGGAGCCGAUGCGCACCGCCCCCACCCUGCUCGCCCUCACCCUCGACGCCGCGCUCCUCCGCAUCGCCACCCUCCGCGACCUCUCCCGCCUCCCCGACCACAUCCUCGUCGACCUCUUCCGCAGAACCCUUAGUGCUGGUAAGCUGACAGAGAAAGUCCUCAAGCUAUUUCUGGCAACCGACUGUGAGGAGAUCAUCUUGCUUGUUCAGCUCCUCAACAUUAAGCAGCCACUUAUACCGGUCCUUCCCACGAGUAUGCCACUUAUCUUUCAGGACAGCGAGGUUGACAUUGUGAUUGCAGCACUCCAGCCCAACCUGACCUCUUUCUUUCAGGCGUGGCAGCCAUUUUUCUCCCGGUUCGACAUCAUUGUUGUCAAAGAUCCAGAGUUGGCAGCAGAUCUUCAGAUCCCUUCAGGCUUUAAUGUCAAGGUUUACACAAAGUCUGACAUUGAUGGACUGCUUGGUGCAACAUCCAUCAACUUCUCUGGCCAUUCAUGCCGUUACUUUGGGUACCUUGUCUCACGCAAGAAGUAUGUCAUCUCAAUUGACGACAAUUGCCUCCCAGCAAAGGACCCUGCUGGCAUGACUGUUGAUGCUGUCACGCAGCACAUGGUCAAUCUGAAGACACCCGCUACACCUUUCUUCUUCAACACACUGUACGACCCAUACCGCAAGGGUGCUGACUUUGUCCGUGGAUACCCAUUCAGCCUGCGUGAGGGGGUCGAAUGCAUGCUCUCGUGUGGUCUGUGGCUGCACAAUGCAGACUAUGACCCAAUGACGCAUGUCGUGAAGCGGAACCAACGCAACACAAACUAUGUGGAUGCUGUGAUGACAGUUCCACUCGGUGCGAUGUUCCCUGUGAGCGGGAUAAAUGUUGCAUUCAACCGCGAGGUUCUGGGGCCCGUGAUGUUCCCUGGCCUCCGGAUUCGCAAGGAAGGGAAGCACAGGUGGGACACCCUUGAAGACAUAUGGAACGGCCUGUGUGCUAAGGUGAUCUGCGACAGCUUGGGCUACGGCGUGAAGACCGGGCUGCCUUAUGUGAUGAGAAGUGAUGCAGAGGCAGGCAAGGCCUUGGAGAGCCUGAAAGAGUGGGAAGGGGUGAAAGUGAUGGACGACGUCCUUCCCUUCUUCGAGUCGCUCAAGCUUUCGAGGACCGCAGUUACUGUCGAUGAUUGCAUUAAGGAGCUAGCCGGCAUUGUGAGGCAGAAGCUGGCGCCGAAGAAUGCAAUCUUCUCCAAAGCCGCCGAUGCCAUGGAGGAAUGGACCAAGCUCUGGAAAUCUCAUGGAGCUCAGAACGCCUAAUACUGGACUGUGUCCAUUUUAUCCAUCAAGAUACUUAUUUUUCUUCUUCUUGGACUUUAAAAUUUCCAUAUGCACUGUUAUGAUGCAGCUGAAUAAACAGUAUUUCCGUGUGAGGGGAAUUUGUGAUGUAGACAUUUAGUGAACCAGGCGUUCGGUUUGUGUAUGCUCAAGAACCGUGUAUACCAGAUCAAAAAGACUUGCAUGAUUUGCCAGGAA